AUGAGCGACAGAUUGGAAAAAACAGCGUCUUCUUUGGCUAUUGUAGAGAAAAAGCCUCAAAAACUAGGAGGAUGUGUGGGCAUUUUCUUUCAGCUCUUUGACUGGAACCGUAGAUUUGCAAAAAAGAAGUUCUUUUCCAAGAAAUUGCUUCCACCAGUUCGCUUGAAACAAGCUUCGAACAAAUUUGGUGGAGAUGAGAAUCAGCCGAAGCUUCGUUUGAUUGCUGAUGAGAAUAGUGGGGGAUUUCCUAGCUCAAGGAAAACGUGUGGGGUUAGUAAAGUUGAUCUUGAGCAAAGGCGUGAAAUGCGAGCUCCAGGUCUGGUUGCCAGGCUUAUGGGUCUGGAGUCCAUGCCGGCAUUACAGAAAGAGAAGUCGAAGAAAACAUCGUUUUCAGGAAAUGGGAAUGAUAAAGCAGAGAAAAUUGAGGAUAAAAUUUGUGGGUACAAGGGGGAUAAAGUGAAUGUGGAAAAAGGAGGGAGUAAAAAUGAAUUGAGGCCUCAAAAGCUUCUGAAGACCGGGUCAUGUGAGGUAGCUAGAAUGGGGGCCGAGGUAUUGCAUUUUACAAACGUUUUAUCAAGAUCAAGAAAGCUUCCUCCAAAACUUACUUCUCCAGUGAAAAGUCCCAGAACUCUUUCAGGGAAAAAUGCAUCUAGAAUAAUUGGUGCGGCAACUAGAAUUCUGGAACCUGGGUUGGCAAGGAGUAGGUCAAAACGUGCCCUUGCAUAUUCAAAUACCUUGCACAAUUCUUCUAAAGGAGAAACUUUUUCGGGGAUAACGACAGAUUUUUUACCAAGCCAAGUGGAAGAUUCUAACUACCGUGUUACUCAGCAGCCAAAGGUGCAAUCUUCUUGCAGAACUUGUGGGCAUUUGCUAGAUAAGUUGGAUUCUGAAUCAAGUGUAGAUGAACGGCCGAUGAUUUUUACUUCGGGUUUCUCACAUCAUGUUGAAGCCUCUUGUCAAAGGUCAGAAAGGAGCAGCCCAGGAAUGCCAACAUUUGAGGAGGUUCUAGAGGAAUGCCCAGUAACUGCAGGUUCAGCCGAAAAAAGAUUUCAACCUCGUGGUGCAUUUUCAUCAAAGAGGAAUCCUUUAAGUGGAGAAACGAUGUGGAAUUUGAGAAGCCAACAGUGCAAGCCUCAGAAGGACAUGCCUCUCUCUGAUGGUUUUAGUUACAGGACUCGGAGCCAAAAUCAGAUGCCACAGGCGAGAAAUAGACUUCCUCCAAGGUCAAAGUACAAUGGUCAGUUGAACAACAAAGCCUCAGCAUCAAUUGACGCAGAUGAGACGAAGGAUUUUGUUUUUAAUUAUCGAAGCUUAAGUGGGCGUAGGAAACCUGGGCUCUCCACUGGAGCUGAUAAUGGCAAAUUUGAAAUGGAGAGGAGAGCUGGUCACGGGCAGAAUGAUUCCAUAUUACCAGUGCGAAAGAGAAGGCCAAUUAAUAUCACAAGAGAAAGUGCAAGUCCCGGUUUCACAAUUUCUUUCAACAAACAAACUUAUACUGGUGCUCAUGUAAUGAGUAGACAAGAGAUGGAAUGUAAUGUUCAAUCCAUUAACCGCCAAAGCAAAAAUAGAUUGGAUCUUCAUCAAGAUAGAAGAACAGUUGGUGUUAGGAAGGUGGAUAGUGAUGUUUUAUUGAUGGUUAACUCUCCAGUGAAACAGGGCAUUGGAAUUCAUGCGGGUGUUGUGGAAAGAAGGAUUCAAAAUGAUUCAAGCGACGAGACCACUUCACAAAAAUUUGCAUUAAAUGAAAAUGAUGAAAAUAGAAAGUAUAAAAAACCAUUUCAUUUGAGUGGAGAUGCAUUAAGUGCACUUCUGGAACAAAAGUUGCAGGAAUUGAAUCUCCAAGGGGAGGAUGAGAUGAGAAUAGGUGGGAAUGCCCCCCGAAGGACCACAGCUAUGAUUCUCCAGGAGUUAAUUUCUGCCUUGACUUCAGAGAGAGUGUUUCGACAUGAUAACUCGGCUGCUACAUCUAACGGGAAAAGUGAUUCUCGUGAUUGUGGUGCUAUAUCCUACUCAAAAAUAUUAGACAAUUCCCAGGUCAAAGAAAAGACAGCUGAGUUGUUGGUUGACUGUCCGCCUGAUAGUGAACACCUUAGCCCAGGAUCUGUUCUUGAGGCUUCUUUUUCCAACGAGAGUUGUCUCUCUAGCAGUAUGUAUGAUAGCUCCGGGUAUAAAAUGCUCACUGAAACUUUGGAUUGCUCCUAUGAUGAUCCACAGUCUCUUUGCCGUGACAUUGACCUUUUAGAUUCUGCAACCACUGUAAAGACAGCAAAGAGUAGUAGAGAGUACAUUAUUGAUGUCCACAAAAAUAUUUCGGAAGUUUUAUGCUGUAUGGAAUUUGAUAAUUGUGGUUUAAGAGAAAGCAUGCUCGACUAUGCAAAAAAGGUUCUUUUGAAUGCUGAGUUGGUGUUUGGAAAUGCAACUCCCCCAGGCUCAAUUGCAAGGCAAGGUAUUUCAAUUAAAAACUUGUUCCUUGACCAGCUUGAAACACUAGCAAGUGUUCUCCAGAUGAAUCUUGAUUGCUUUCUUAACAUUGAGGACGGGAAAGAGGUGAAUCAACUGAGAAGAUUUACUUUUGAUUCUGUCAUAGAAUUCUUGGACUCGAGAUUCGGUCAAUAUGCUAAAUCCAGGUAUAAAGUCUCGACGAAAUUGCCAUUUUUUGUGAACACGGAGAUGUUGAUUUUUCAUAUUGUGGAGGAGGUCAGAAGGUGGGGAGAGUCAUCUGUUUUGAUAUAUGAUGAGUUGAUAGAGAAGGAAAUGAGUGAUUCAUUAGGCCAAUGGACAGAUUUUGAUGUCGAAAAAUUUGAAAUUGGCAUUCAAAUUGGCAUGCACCUGUUCCAGAUUUUAGUUGAUGAGAUCGUUGUAGAACUUUGGAACUGCAGGCCGAAUUCCCUGUCGAUUGCACAUGGCUUUCACUAA